AUGUUCUAUCCCGAUAAAUACAACUAUUGCUCAUUGACGAAAAAUGGAAAGAGAUUUAGUUUUUUGAUUGGACCAUAUUCACAUCUUUUUGCACGAAAAAAUUAUGGUAUUGAUGAAUUUGUUGGUGAUGACAAUACAUGUCCAUCUGGCAUUGAACAAUCCGGUUCAAUUCUUAAAAGCACUAAGUUCUUUACAGAUAUUCUGGCUUCUGCAUUCGUUCAAAAUCCUGGACUACAUUUUGAACGCAUAACUGAUGCUACAAUGGCACUGUUUCAAGAUACAGGACACUAUUUGUGCAAUUGGUCAAUGGCACAACCAUUAGUUUGGGGCAAUCCAGAAUCCCAAAUUGGAGGCAAACCAAUCAAAGACUUUGCACUUGGAUCUCCACAAUUAGUAUUUCCAAAACAAUAUCUAAAAGAAAAGACAAGUUAUGUAUUGAUGGAAUCGGAUCCAGAUUUUACGGGAUUUAAUUUUAAAUAUGGAGGAAUUGCAUUUGGAGAUAUUUCAACUCCAAGCAAUUGUGAUGGUGAAUGGGCGGAAUAUUGCAAAGGUAAAGAUUAUUACAAUCCGUUGAAUAAAAAGUUUAUCUCAAAAUACGCAGUAUUUGAGUACAAUUUAUUCAGAUUUCCUUGGUCUUCAUGUGAAAAUGGUAUGGCAAUGUAUCCAGGCGAUGGAAUUUGUAGGAAAUAUAUCUGCGAUAGAUAUGAUAGUUUCACAUUGAUAACACCAAAUCUCAAAGAUGCUAAUGGAAAUCAAACUAAUAUUACAUGCACAAAAGAUGAUCCAAACAAAAACAUAACAGUUCUAGCCUCGUCCUAUUCAGAUGCUGUUAGAAAUAUCACAUGUGUUCAUCCAGAAUUGUUUUGUAGAACAGUUAAAUUGCAUGAAAUGCAUUUUGUAAGAGAUCCAUUCGAUCCAGAUAUAAGUGUUACACAACUCGAUGAUCCAUAUGGUGAAUCAAGUACUAAAACAGAUGCAAACACAAAUACAACAUCAGAUUCUGAAUCAGAUUCUAAAUCUAAAUCUAACAACAAAAUCAAGAUCAUUGUUCCAUGUGUUGUUUGCGGCGUUAUUGUUAUUGCUAUUAUUGUCAUUGUUAUUAUUUUUAUCAUCAAGAAACGAAAGUCAAAUACAGAUAUCAGUGAAGAUGAAAGUAUCAACAACCUCAAAGAUGAUGAAGUUUAA